AAGAGUGAAUGGGAACUUGGCGCUUUAGCAGAGCGCUAGGGGCCAGGCCAGGCAACGAGCUAAGAUUCAAGCACCCUGUAAGGACCAAUGAACCCAAUAGCUCAUGGAAGAAAAAAAUCAAAUCAGGACAUCCUUGGUUUCCAGGCUACCAAAAUAUGGAACAAAAAAUUUAGGAAGUGUCUUGCAACCUAUGCCAAAUGGGACAGUUGUUAAUUUAUCAGGAAAUAAUGGUGACAAAAAUCUCAGCAAGCACAAUGGCACUGUGCGCAUGUCUUCCUUUUCUUUCAACUGGAGAAAAUCAAAUAAAUAUCAGCUUUGUGAUCAAAAUGGACGAGAGUCCAACUCUAACCAUAACUAUAAUGAAAAACUAAUCAAUUCUGAGAAGUAUCCCCAGUCACAGGGAGCGUUGGGUAAGGAUGUGCUCGGGGUGGGUUUGAACAGCACUGCUUCAGUUGCCUCAAAAACAGCGAAGCAAACCAGUAUGUUCGUCUCUUCUACUGAGGAAUUUAACCCAAAGUCUUUGCCUGGACUCUCUAGUUCAGCAAAAUUUGCCAAAGGUACUCUGUCGGGCAGGACCUCAUAUUCUGGACUCAGUGCUCCAAAAUCGCAUUUAAAUGGAUUUUAUGGAAACAGGCCAAUGGUAGGUUUGCAGAGACCUAGAGCUAAUUCCAGUGCCACAAGGACCAGUUCAGGAGAAAGCUUGGCACAAACUACAGACAAUAAUAAGACUUUUUCCUGUGAAAAAAUGGUAAGAUCACAAAGUUUCUCACAUUCCAUUCCAAACUCUUUUCUUCCCACUGCAUCUCUAACCAGGUCACAUUCCUUUAAUAAAGCUGUGGAUCUUACAAAGCCUUAUCAAAGUCAAAAUCUAGCUGUUAGGACAUCUCAGAGGUCAACUCUCUUGUCAAGAAGCACGCGGCAGUUGGAUGUACCCAAUGGAAAUGAGCCCACAAAGUAUGGGUUUACCAGAUCCUAUGCUAGUAUAUCAGCUCCUUGUUCAAAGAAGCCCUCGCUCUCAAAUGGAUCUGGGUCUGCAACUUCUUUUGGAUACAGAUUAAGUCGACCUUCUUUGCUGAAGCCCACCAGACAGCGAUUUCCUGGCAGUAUUGUUGUGGAAGACAACAGAAGUACAACUCGUGACACACGCGUGAUCAACUCUGAAAUUUCAACAAAUAUCAAUAGAGCAAAUGAGAAAAACAGCAUUAUGGAGAGUGAUACUCAAAGAAUAGAAGCUGGUGAGGGUCUCCAUGAGAGCAUAGGAAAACAUGGGUCAAAAGUCAUGUGUAUGAGUGAUGAUGGAGAUGAAAUAUCUAUAUCUUCCUUGUCAUCCUCUGAAAAAAAUGACUUGAGUGAGGAUUUCAGUGAUGACUUUAUAGAUUUAGAAGACCCAAAUAGAACAAUACAAAUACAACAGCAGGAGGGCAGCGUUCAAGACUUGGACCAUGGAAACAUAGCGCCGGUAGAGCCGUUCACAUCUCUCAAGGAAAGUGGAGGAUCUCACUGUAACCCUGAUGACUGGCUUGAUAUACACGUGUCUGCGGAUGACAACAGUGAAAGCACAAAGCAUACUACUGAGAACAUGAUUUCUCCAGACAUGAAUUAUAGAGCUGGCUCCUCUUUUGAGCUUUCUCCUUCUGAUAGUUCUGAUGGCACCUACAUGUGGGAUGAAGAAGGGCUCGAACCUAUUGGAAGUGUCCAUCCGUGUGGAAGCUAUGAGUCUUCAGAAAUGAACAGCAUUGAUAUCUUAAAUAAUCUUGAUUCAUGUGAUCUUGAUGAUGAUGAUCUCAUGCUUGAUGUGGACCUACCUGAGGACCCGCCUCAUGACAAAGAGGAAUGUGAAAAUAUGAGCCGUUAUGACAGGCAGGACAGAAAUGCUCGGCAGCAUGGGGAAGGAUUCUGGAAAAGAGCAUCACAACAGCGAUGGAAUACGCAGGAUCACUAUCAUCUUGGCAACACUGAUCACUAUAUCCGUAGUAAAAAUGAUCUGAACAGGGGAUCAAACUACCUGGAGUCUCCCACUGGCCACUUUGAAAGUUAUGGAGCACCCAGCCUUUACCAGGCUCCGCGGCAGCUGGUGGGCUUGCCCGAGAACGCCGUGAUGCUCGACGAAAUGACACUGCGGCACAUGGUGCAAGACUGCACGGCUGUAAAGACGCAGCUGCUGAAGCUGAAGCGGGUGCUGCACCAGGAUGAUGAAAAUGUGUCGCUCCAGGACCUUGUGCUCUCGAUGCCAUCAAGUCCAGAACCACAAGAAGCUGAAUCUCGUUUUAAGACAGAAGAUCUGCUAAAUGAGAUCAAGCAGCUUAAAGAUGAACUGAAGAAAAAGGAUGAAACAAUCAGUCGGUUAGAGCAUCAACUUGCCACUAAGUGCAACUGCCAGAAGGAGAACGACAAACUUUCAGGGGCGACGUGUUUGCAUGCUGACAAAUUUACUCAGACCUCCUGGAAGAGAAGUUCUCCUCAAGUACUACAGCCUUCCAGCAGCCUUCCCAGUUCCACAGACCUCGCCCAGGGAAAACUAAUAAAAAUGCCACCUACCGAGGCCCACAGUGAAGAUCCCAAACAUCAUGGUCUGCAUGAAAAUGGCAAUCGUAAGAAUCGCAGUGCUGCAAACGCAUCUCCCUCAACUAGUCUGAAUGAACUAAACAUGCCAGUGAGUACACAGCUAAGCAUAAAGGACGGGGCUGCACCGCACUUGGGAAAUGGUAAAAGCGGAAAUGCUGCAGGCCCUGCGGAGCUGCCUGGUCCUGGGGAAGGCUCCUGCUUCCAGCCUGGCUCCUGCUUGGUGCCAUCCACACGAGCUGAUGCUGGAGAGGUGCAGGCUGAGGUAGCUGUGAAAGGUCGGCCCCCAUCCAGCAACCAGACUCCUCGGCCAAAGACUCUAGGAAUUGCAAAGCCCCCAACUGCUUUAGUGCCUCCGACAGUGGCCGUGCUCGCACGAUCUGCAAACCCUUCUGCUGCUUCCAAGGAGCCUGAGCUUCUGCCACCAAGUAGUCCGACCCGGCCAGAGCCAGCAUCUGGUCUAACUAACCUAAAGGGUAAACAGAGCCAGAAAGUAUCUAAACUUCGCCCCCCCACUACGUCCUUUGUUAAAUCUAAGCAAACGAGCAGUCAGAAACCCGCACUGGUACCUCCCGAGCCUCAAAACCCCUGUUCAAAGACGAGCAUCCCAAAGGCAGCGGUGCAAAGAAAGGAAAACGUGCAAAUGCCGAGCAGCGGUUUGCCGUGCGGGGACAGCGCGUCCUCCGCUCGCCAUUCCCGCCUCCCCAAACCAAAGACCCACUGAGCGGGCGCGCGCGCCUCGCGCCGCAGGAUGCCGGAGCUGGCCCGGCCUCGCUGCCCUGCAGGGAGUGCCCUUGCCGAGGCCGCUCUGCCUGCGUCGUGCCGAGCCCGGUGGACAUUAAAGCCGCGUCCCUCGUGUUGGCGUGUCGCGUUCUCCUGCGCUGUGAGCUUCUCGUUGGCGGCCGCCCGUGCGUGUUGGGGUACGCGGUAGCUCUGCGCUCGCGGCUCUGCUGCCCGCUGCGGCUCUCAGUGAAGCAGAAACUCCAGUCCGUGGCGACCGCAGCGCUGGGACGCUGCACUAGGUGUUUCAGGACGGCAGGAAUCUGUUGUUUUGCGUCAUUAGACAAUGAAAUUGCAAUUCAGUCUAACUUUUUGGUUCUGACUGCUACUUAGGUUAGAGUGGUGGAAAAUUAAGAGUUAGUAGCAGAUGUUUUUAUUGGCCAUAAUUUUCACUCUGUGUUCCAGAGGCCUAUGCAAAAUCCUUCUAUUUAUCAAUAUCUAAAGACUGACAUAUUUAAUGUUAUUUAAUCUGAUGGGUUAGGAAGGUUUUUUGUUUGUAUUGCUGUAAUUAUGAAGUUGGUUUUUUUUUCUUUAUUUAUCCGGUUUUCGCGGUUCACAGACGGUAAGCAGAUUUCACGGGGUGAAACAGGUCUCAUAGACAUCAUGAAUUUGUUGUGACGUUGUGGUGUGCUUUUACUGUGUUGAAUAGCCACGUCAUUGGGUAAACUGUUGAGACGCAGUGCUAAGGAAACUUGUGCAAAACCUGCCAAAGCAGGCUCUUGGGAUUGGUAAGCAAAGAGCCUCUGGGAAUAGGGGGUCCAUAACACCUAUGUAGAGGUUGCACAACAUGCAUUUUAAUUAAUAUUUUUAUCUUUUAGCGUGCUACUUGUAUUUAUUGAUUUAUUCUUGAAAGACUCUCAAGUACCUGACUUGAAAUGUUUGCACAAAGUCCUGCCAUAUAUGUAAAAUUGUGGAACUAUUUUAUGUAACAAAACUUAGUUUAAGAAAGCCUCUACUAAAAAAAGAAAAAAAAAAAAACCCCACACCUGUUUGCUUUGAGCAAUCCUGUUAUGAGCUGGUACUCUAAGAGUUUUUCAGAGAUGUGUAUUUUGUUUGGGGUUGUUUCCCUUUUUUUUUAAUUUUUUUUUGUUUUUGUUUUUGUUAUUUCUAAAGUGGUGCAUGAUAACUGGGAAGGAGCUUUUGGGGGAAAUAAACAAAAAAAAACACCGUUUUUGCUCUCUAGGAAAACUUUUUUUUUUUAUUUUUUCUUCCUGCAAGUGUCUGGAAAUACUUGCCCACCCUGGUGCACCCGUGGGCCCGUGACACACGUGCUGUGGGUUGGCUCUGUGGUGUCCCGUGAAGCGUGCUCGAGCCUUGGCCUUCUGUCCCAUCUCCCCCUCUUCCCCAUCAUUGUCUCUUGGAUUUGACUUUUUUCUCCACUCCUUAAAUUGGUUUUAAAAUCAUUAGCAUAACUAUAUAUGAUAGUUUGUCCUAGGCUUUGGCUAUGUGUUGUUGACAUGAUUCUUUUCUUUGAGUGAAUAGGUGUAGACAUUCCAUAAAUAUGCUCAAUAAUCAACUUUUGGACUGUAAGGACUUUAAGCAGGGAUAGAUAACCUCGUUGGAGGAGAGAAGGAAAAGAAAAGAUAGGAGUUGUAUUUCUCAGUGCGUAAUUGAUGUCCAAGGAAAUUUCAGCUUUCUCACUGGUUUUCACCUAAGGUCAGGGAGCAAAGAGGUGUGAGGGGGACGGAUAACGGGUGCUUCAGAACUGGCUCUGCUUCUGGGAGCUGCAGGACCUCUGGGAUUGGGAAGGGAGGGAAAGAGGGACUAAAGCAAGAAAUGACAAGGGCAGCGUUAGUUGUUGCAGUUACUAAAAGAUCAAAAUCAAUAUGAGGUGAGAUGACUGUUGGAAUUAUUCUCUAGGAAAAUGUCUUUCCUUGGAAAGCGUUGAAAUGGAUGGCCUAUGUCCAGAAUCAGAGUAGACUUCUACUUUCGGUAAGAAAAUAAAACUGGCUUUUUAUAUUCCCCCAAAUUAGCUCCUGGCAGCUGACUGUAUUUCUCAAAAGUGUAAAAACUGCUGAGGGAAUGAUAGGAUUCCUGGCUCAUUUUCAGGUCCAUAUAUA